UAUGUAGAUCUACAGUCAUGAUCAGUGCAGGAAGAAGAAGGUAGGGUUCGUAUGGUAGACAUUAGUUGUGAAGAAAUGUGGAUAUCGGCUUUGCCAGCCUAUAGCCAUGCCGCUCGUGAAGCGAACUAUUGAGCCCUACUAUGCGAGUCGCUGCCAUGUUCCUGACAAGGUGGAUAACGAACUCGAGUGUAUCGUCUCCCAUACCGUAGCCAAUGUCAUUCGUCAGCUAAGCAGCCUCAGCAAACAUGCCGACAAUUUGUUCUCGGAGAUCACCAACGAGGCUACGUCGUAUCUGGAGCGGACGGCAGCUCUUCAGAACCGCGUCCAGCAGCUCGCCGUUCGGGUGACCAAGCUGGAUCCUGUAGGAGAGGAAGUCAACAUCUACGACAUCAGCAUGUACCGGCACUUCAAGAGCAUGCACACGACCGAGCAGCAAGUGCUGUCACGUGACUCCCUUCCAGUGGCACUGCACGAGGUGUACAAUCGCUGCCAGCGGCCGCCCAACCUGUCGGCGUUCAAUCCGUAUCGGGACGAUGGCAAGGACGGGCUGACGUUCUACACCGACCCGUCAUACUUCUUCGAGCUGUGGUCGGAGGACAUGAACAAGAAGGCCCAGGAGAGACGGAAGAAAAAGAAAGUGCGCCACAGAGCACCCCAGGCCAGCGCGGGUCCAGUGAAAGUCGAAUCUAUCCGGCCCAAGAAGUUCACCGGCAUGAGCGGCAAGGGACGUGAGUUUGACGAGCAGCCGUUUGCGCCGUCGACAUCGCCGCCGAAAACGUCCGGCGUGCCGUACCCAUCUCAGCCGCCGCCUGGUCCACCGCCCGGCCCGCCACCCGGCCCACCUCCAGGACCCCCUCCGAAUGCACCGCCCGCCAUGCCUUCGGGCGCCCCGCCUCCGCCUCCAGUGGGUGCGCCGCCGCCUCCUCCAGCUGGGGUGCCGCCACCACCUCCAGGCCCGCCACCGAGCGCACCACAGGGAGUGCCUAUGCCAGCGGCACCACCGCCGCCGCCUCCGAUGAUGGUCGGCGGAGUUCCACCUCCACCACCACCGAUGAUGAUGACCGGCGGCAUACCGACCGGGGGGAUACCGCCACCGCAGGAGAUGCGCCAGGCGCAGGCUGCGGGCGCUGGUGCUGGGGUUCUCGUGCCGCCGCCUGUCGAGGCACCGCUUGUAGUUCCACCUCCGCCGGCGCAGGGCCCGCCGCUGAUCAUGGCUCCGCCACCGCCGGGUCCUCCACCCAUGAUGCAGAUGAGCAUGGCGGGAGCGCCGGCAGGAGCACCGGCGGCGGCGUCCCAGAGCGGCGGCGGCCUGCUCAGCGGCCUCGGCUCCGUGCAGCUGCGCGCCGCCAAGCCGAUCGAGAAGCCCGCCGAUGAGCGCAACGACCUCAUGUCGGCCAUUCGCCGUGGCAAGGCGCUGCGCAACGUGCCAGUCGAACCGCUGGACACUCGCAAGACGGCGACGGCGGAGAACCAGGACGUAGCCGCCAUCUUGGCUCGUAGGAUCGCCGUCGAGCACAGCGACUCGGACUCGGAAGAUUCGGACGAGUACGAGGACGAUGACGAGUGGAACUAGGCGCGGCUUGGAUAUGACUGGCGUUCACUUCUGUGAGACAGGUGGUAUGUCUGAGUUGACUGUGUGCUGCUCGGGAGCUGCUUCUUGUUGGCGUCUGUGCAUGCUUGGCUGGGUGGUGGGGACUCUGUGUGCGCAAGACUGGCCUAUCUGUUAUAUGUGACCAGAGGGCUGAUCUAUGGCGCUGGGUUUGUUUCGAGUCCUGUCGUACAGCAACACUUCAAUGACAUGAUUUCCAGGGCUGAUCAAUAUUUGUUUUGUUGUUGCUUCUUUGAAUAGUAUUGUAGUGAUAGGUUUCAUGUGCUGAAUAUAGUGAGGCCAGAGCACCGAUUUCAAGUCAGUAAAUAAAUUGUGGCUUCCGAAUGGAGUGCUUCUGUUCCAUCUAGGGCCUCGGCCCUUCCUUCUCUGCCAUAUGCACCGUCUCCUAUGCACCGUCUCCUAUGCACCGUCUCCUAUGCACCGUCUCCUAUGCACCGUCUCCUAUGCACCGUCUCCUAUGCACCGUCUCCUAUGCACCGUCUCCUAUGCACCGUCUCCUAUGCACCGUCUCCUAUGCACCGUCUCCUAUGCACCGUCUCCUAUGCACCGUCUCCUAUGCACCGUCUCCUAUGCACCGUCUCCUAUGCACCGUCUCCUAUGCACCGUCUCCUAUGCACCGUCUCCUAUGCACCGUCUCCUAUGCACCGUCUCCUAUGCACCGUCUCCUAUGCACCGUCUCCUAUGCACCGUCUCCUAUGCACCGUCUCCUAUGCACCGUCUCCUAUGCACCGUCUCCUAUGCACCGUCUCCUAUGCACCGUCUCCUAUGCACCGUCUCCUAUGCACCGUCUCCUAUGCACCGUCUCCUAUGCACCGUCUCCUAUGCACCGUCUCCUAUGCACCGUCUCCUAUGCAGUGAGUUCACGUGCUGCUUUAAAUUUAUGCCAAGUCUCCAAAAAUGUAGUAUGCUAGCCACUGUAUUUAAACUGUUAGGUCAUUCAAUGGUGCAGAUAAUCGAAUCGGCUGUUUAGCUCUGUAA